AUGGAGGGGAAGGCCUUGCGUACAAGUCUUCGCUCCCAUUCAUAGAGUGAACAUUAGCAACCAUCGCAGGUAGAGAGGGCUGCCACAUCUUCGUGGAUCCACUGAGCCUCGCCCUCCCAGACAGAAGGAAAGCACAGUGACUUUACAUUAGCAGCCACCAUGGCAGAAGCUCACCAGGCGGUGGCCUUUCAGUUCACCGUCACCCCCGAUGGCAUCGACCUCCAUCUGUGCCACGAGGCUCUACGCCAGGUCUACCUUUCCGGCCUGCACUCCUGGAAGAAAAGGUUCAUUCGCUUCAAGAAUGGGGUUAUGACCGGCGUUUACCCAGGCAGCCCGGCUGGGUUCAUGAUAGUGGUGGUGUCGUACAUGUCGUACAAUAAAUACAAACGGCUGGAUCCCUCUAUGGGACUACUCGACAAACUAGGCCAACACAUACCCAUCAGCCGAUACAUGUCCACAGAUAGCCAGAGGAUACUGGGAGGGGUUCUGGUGGGCACGGGCCUCUGGGUCACCAUCAUCAUGAUCAUGAGGAAUGUCCUGAAGAGCCUGCUGUCGUGGCACGGCUGGAUGGAGAUGCGCCACGGUUCUCUGCCUUUCAGUACCCGCGUGUGGCUGCUAUUGGUGAAGGUGUUCUCUGGCAGAAAGCCAAUGCUUUACAGUUUCCAGAACUCCCUUCCUCGGCUGCCCGUUCCCUCUGUCAAGGACACCUGCAGAAGGUACCUGGAGUCGGUGCGCCCACUGAUGGAUGACGAGGAGUUUGAAAGGAUGAAGGCCUUGUCAAAAGACUUUGAGAAGAAUCUGGGACCCAGGGUGCAGUGGUACCUCAAACUCAAAUCCUGGUGGGCAUCCAACUAUGUUAGCGACUGGUGGGAAGAGUAUAUUUACCUGAGAGGCCGUGGGCCCAUCAUGGUCAACAGCAACUAUUAUGCCAUGGACUUUUUGUAUGUGAUCCCCACGUCCAUCCAGGCUGCCCGGGCAGGUAAUGCCAUUCAUGCCAUCAUGCUCUACAGGCGAAAACUGGACAGAGCUCAGAUCAAGCCCAUAUACUUGCUGGCCAACACCGUGCCUCUGUGUUCCGCUCAGUGGGAGCGAAUGUUUAACACCUCCCGCAUCCCCGGUGUGGAGACAGAUACGCUCCAGCACAUGAACGAGAGCAAACACAUCGCCGUGUACCACAAGGGGCGAAUCUUCAAGGUGUGGAUGUUUUACGACGGCCGGCUGCUGUUGCCACGGGAGAUCGAGCAGCAGAUGGAGAGGAUCCUGGCAGACAAGUCAGAGCCGAUGCCGGGAGAGGAGAAACUAGCAGCGCUAACUGCAGGAGACAGGACGCCUUGGGCAAAGGCCCGGGAGCAGUUCUUCAAGAGCGGCAAAAACAAGCAGUCUCUGGAUGCCAUAGAGAAGGCGGCCUUCUUUGUCAGCCUCGACGACACCGAGCAGCGUUACGAUAUAGAAAACAAAGUCAAGUCUCUGGAUAGUUACGCCAAGUCCCUGCUCCAUGGAAAGUGCUACGACAGGUGGUUUGAUAAGUCCUUCAAUCUGAUCAUUUUCAAGAACGGCACCAUGGGACUAAACGCAGAGCACUCCUGGGCUGACGCCCCUAUCGUUGGUCAUCUGUGGGAGCAUGUGCUGUCCAUGGAUCCUAAGCUGAGGUAUACUGAGGAUGGCCACUGCCACGGGAAGCCUCAUCCCAACCUUCCUGGUCCCCAGAGACUCCAGUGGGACAUCCCUACUGAGUGCCAGGAGGUUAUCGAGAGCUCGUUGACAGUCGCCAGGGCUCUGGCAGACGACGUCGACUGCCACAUAAUCCCCUUCGACGACUUUGGAAAGGGGCUGAUCAAGAAGUGCCGCACCAGUCCAGAUGCCUUCAUCCAGAUCGCUCUGCAGCUGGCCCAUUACAGAGACAAAGGGAAGUUCUGCCUGACGUACGAAGCCUCCAUGACGCGGCUGUUCCGCGAGGGCCGAACGGAAACCGUACGUUCCUGCACCAUGGAGACUUGCGAGUUUGUUCGUGCCAUGAUCAGAGAUGAGACGAGAGAAGAGCGCCUCAGGUUGCUCAAAGUGGCGGCAGAGAAACACCAAAGCAUGUACCGCUUGGCAAUGACGGGCCAGGGCAUUGAUCGCCACCUUUUCUGUCUCUAUGUGGUUUCUAAAUACCUAGGAGAGGAAUCACCCUUCCUCAAAGAGGUCUUGUCUGAGCCAUGGAGGUUGUCCACCAGUCAGACCCCUCUGCAGCAGGUCGAGCUGUUUGAUCUGGUCAGACAUCCGGAGCUGGUGUCCUCCGGAGGGGGAUUCGGUCCAGUGGCUGAUGACGGGUAUGGCGUCUCCUACAUCAUCGUCGGGGAGGACCUCAUCAACUUCCACAUCUCCAGCAAAUACUCAAGUCCAGAAACUGACUCGCGUCGUUUUGGUGACAACAUCAGACAGGCCAUGCUGGAUAUGCUGGCUCUCUAUCAGCUUGAGAAGAAAGUGGCCAAGUGAUUAUUCCUACCGUUUUGUUUUUUUUCUUUCAUCUUCUUUUUUUUUCUUUUCUGUUUCUUCUGGUGAAAUAAAUAUAAAAAAAAAUCGCUGCUUUAUCAAAAUCUUCCUGUAGAUUGCGCAGAUUCACUUGAGCGAUUUGGGGGUCACCUUUUGAGUUAAUUAAUGUUACAUGAAUAAGGAAGGCAUUUGGAACACGUCGCUGUCGACGUGUUUGUGAAGAGAUUUGUUUGUACAGUUUGGGUGAGGCGAGCCUCCAGAACAGGUGGUGUGCAGAUCAAAGUAUUUAUUUGCAAAAAGCGAACUUUAGAGGUGCCUUAGCAACCCACUAAUGUAUAAAGGAAAAAAAAAAAAGAAGGGGCAGAAAGGGAGGAGAACAUAUUCGUCUGGGAACAAAUCCGCGCUGCAACACUGAAUGACAUUUUAGCUGAAGACUCGUGGAAUAGCAUCAACCAAUUUAAAAUUGGGUUUUAAGUUAUAAGAUGGUGCAAUACUUUUAAUAGUUUCCUCCCUGUGUGGGUUUCUGUUUUUGCUUCCUGACUCACCACAGCUGUCCCAAACGGCGAACACAACGUUAAACAUCGUGUUUUUUUUGGUUACGCCGUGUCCGCCGAUUUCGCGUGAUUUCAGCUGAAACAGAGGCCGACUCUCUCGGUUAAACGGUUGCAGUGAAAUGGUACACCUGUAAUCACAAGAGCUGUAGAUUUGGAGCUCUGCUCUGAUAGGUACUUCUGUGUUGGCGUGACGCAAGACCAGGAAGCCGGUGCCGCCGUCUUUAUCUCCAUGGCCUUUUCCGACGCAUCUCUGCAGUCUGUCCGUUCAGUUUUAGCUGCUCUGAUUUUUUUAUUAAAUUUUUUUUUUAUGAGGUCGCCAGGAAGGCGGUUAUGUGCGCGUCUCAUUUUCAUACUCAGGUCUUUGCGCACUUGGCCGUUUGUCAAGAAGUGCUCUUUCUGGCUUCUGCAGUGGAUGAUUGAAUGCAGCGCGACGCUGCGUGACCCUGCUAGGUUGGCAGGCGACAUAAAGUGAAGUGAGAACCAGAAUAGCAAAGGAUGCGGGGUGUAAGUCUGACACAACGUGCUCAGCUGGAACUUCAUUAAAAAAGACAAUAUUCUUUUGAGAGGAUGUGUAAAGUUUUAUGGGCGACGUGUCGGUGUUCCCGUUAACGGCGCGGUGGUCUAGCUGUUGUUGCCUAGUUGAGAUGUUUCAGAACCAUAGCAGCUUGUUGGUCUCCAGAACUGUAGGAAACGGAAGUUUCUCUAGAAGAAACUUUUUUAAAAAUAAAAAAAGCUAAAUUAUAGUUUUUUGUUUUUUUUGUUUUAUUUAUAUGAUGUCAAUCCAAUGUUUUUCUUUUACUUUUGUUUUAACCUCCUAAUUGACACAAACAUGCAUAUUUACCAGUUGAAUGUGGUGAAUGAUAAGCACUAAGUUAAAGCUUGUUUUGAUUUAUGAAGUCUUUUUUUUUUUCUUUUUGUUGAGACAUGACAUUUUUGUUAUCAUACUUUGCCAGUAUGUUGUAGUUGCUUGACUUUUUUUUUUUUUUUUUUUAUCUCAGUAGACCUCAUGUUUACACUGCUGCAUGUUAUUUGAAGAUGAAGCUGUACAUGUUUGCCUUUCAUUGAAAGUUGUGUGAAAAGACAAGCAGGUGACAUACCAAACAAAGUUUUAACAAUAAAGUGAAUGUCAGACAGCUGUA